AUUCAUCUGAUUGUUUUGUCAAAACUGACAGCCUUGGAUCAUGCUAAACUUCAGAGUUCAUUAAUCAGAUAAAUCCGCCUCAAUGUAGAAGAUGUGGCUAUUUUUGAAAAUCAUUUAUUUACAGGAUUAUUAAGGAGAUGUAACAUGGCUGAUACAUUCCAAUUUUCCCUGAAGUAUCAGCAAUUACUGAGAGAUCUGAAGAGCACUGUUGAGGGAUUACUGGUAACACAAGUAGCUAAUGUUUGGUCUAUUUAUGGUGGGCUGAAUAGGCUCCACAAUACAGUAGAAAAAAUCUUCAAACAUGGAUGUAAAAAUUCACAAAACGAAUCUGGUUACUACAAUUUCGUGCAAGGUUUAGAAUGGUUGCAACCAGAAAACACAAAAUCUAACUUUGUUUUGGACUGUGAAUACCGCACAUAUGUCCCUGCACAUUUGAAAGAAAACAAAGCUUCAAUAUGGUUAUACAGGAGCCUAGAAAACCAUUCUUUGUCUCAAAAGCUUUCCUGGCUACUUUCAGAUAAAAAUCACCUGUCCACUUGUUACCACUCUUACUCAUUUUUGUGUCAAGUGAAGUAUGCUGAAGCCACGCUAAUUUGUUUGAGAGCUGUAGAACGUAACCAAGCUAGCCUUAUGUCUGAAAUCAAUCCAUCCUUGUUUCUACAGAGAGCCAAAGAAUUCCACAGAAUUCAUAGAAGAUGUUCAUCUUUCCCUGACAACCAUCUCAAAAAGAUAUAUGAGGAAAAGUCUUUUUUACAUAUUUCUAAAGUAAAAAAUAAGGAUAAUUUUGGUACCCACCAGAGAGAACCACUGCCUGGAGUUGAUAGUACACACAGUAAAGUGAAGUUGUGGCAUAGCAUGCCAUCAUUGCAAGUAUCACAGUUCACUUUUGGAGAGAACAAAAUUAAAUUGCUUAGUAGGACCACUCCUUCCACACCAGUUCAUUACAAAAGAGUUACCAACAAGUUAUCACCAAGUGCCCUUCAGGUUGAUUACAAUAAAAUCCACCAGAAAUCAAAGAAGUCUAGUGCACACCAAAGACCGUCUACUACAACAAAUAUCAAUACUACUAAGACUAAAGAAGUGAAACAUGUAUUGAUAGAUAACCAAUAUAUUGUAGAACACACCCCAUCUCUGAGCAGUUCUCAAGGCAGUACUAUCGUUAAUGACGACACAUCUUCAAAAUCCGCAACACAAGAUAACAUGGGUAAUAACUGCAUGUCCCAUUCUCCGAUAUCGGUGAUGGACUCUUUUAUGCCCAAAUCUGGCGAAAAGGACUUCAAGAAGUUACCGAAAAAAACGUUCAUAGAGGACGGAGGCAUGAGCGUUCUACCGAUGGCGACAGGGUAUUUCCCUAAACCCACCAAGGGCCAGAGCCUACUGUCUUUCCUCACUUCGGGCAAUUUUUCCAAAACCAACGCGGAAUUGGACAGGGAAAACGCCCAUUUUAAUAUAUCCGAGGCUAUUAUUUCAGCUAUGGAACAGAUCAAGUGCAAGCAGAGCUAUAAAAUCGUUGACGAGCACGAUGACAGUGAUCCGGAAAUUAUGGAUUUGAAGCAGCGAAUCAGGCUGAGGAGGACUGAAAGGGCAAUUCAGAGACAUAAGAAGACUCUGGCAGCUAGUUUGAGGAGUGAUGGCAGAACAGAUACUGCUACAACGGUCAGCCCGUGUUCGUCCACUUCCGAGUUCGGCUCGGAGUUCUCCGGCUCGGACGAAGUUGAGGACUUCGACAUCACCGAAACAUCGAAAUUGGAGGAGAGCGCCGGUCUGUCCAUGUCGAUGGCGUCCCUCUACUCCGAGGCGGACCUGACGAAGCGGGCCCGAGGCGCGCCAGACGGGGCCUCCGACAUCACUUCCGCCGAGGGGGUGGCGUUGUCGUUGAUCAGCAAGUUCAGCGAUAAGCAGUUGCCGAGAGCUUCUGAUCUGGAGUGGCUAGUCUCAGAAGAAGAUGCUCCUCAAGCCCUGUUACCUCUACCAAAGAGCUGGCCUGUCAGCCCUGACAGUGCAGAAGAAGUUGUCACCCCUUUGAGGGGUACGCAAGAAUGGGCGCCGCCUAGGGCACAAAUUAUCUUCACUCUGCAUCCCAGUCCAUCAAGGAAGGAACUAAUGGCAAAACAGAACUACCGAUGUGCCGGUUGUAGCAUGAGAGUGGCCCCAAAGUAUGCAACCCGAUUUCGAUACUGCGAAUAUUUGGGUAGAUAUUUUUGUACCGGGUGUCACACGAACCAGCUGGCACUUAUACCAGGACGUGUUUUGCAAAAGUGGGAAUUCAAGAGGUAUCCGGUUUCGACAUUUUCAUAUAGACUGUUGGAGCAAAUGUACACGGACCCAUUAUUUAGGAUAUUCGAAUUGAACAAGAAUAUCGGAAAAAAGGCGAAAACUAUUUUGAUGUGCAGAAGAUUGAGGAUAGGAUUGUCGUAUCUGAAAGAUUUUAUAUUAACCUGCAAAUACUCUGAAGAUAUCCAUGAUAGAUUGGAAGAAAUGUCCGCUAGUCUGACAGAUCCUGACGUCUAUUCUAUGGAAGAUCUAGUCAAAGUUCAAAAUGGAGAAAUGAUUGCUAGGCUCAAACAUUUGGUGGAAAUUUGUUGCAAACAUACAGCAGAAUGUAAGUUGUGUCUAGCAAGGGGAUUUAUUUGUGAAAUAUGUAAUGUAGACCAAGUAAUAUUUCCAUGGCAGAUGCGAAUAGUAGUGAGAUGUGAUAAAUGUGGCAGUUGUUAUCAUCAGACGUGCUGGAAUCCGGCUACAAAACCAUGUGAAAAAUGUCUUCGAAUACAAAAACGGAAGGAAAAUGCUUGUAGAAGUUGAUAGCAUGAUAUUUAUAAAAUGUAUUAUUAGAAAUAUUUAUUAUGGACUAUCCAGGACAGGAGUGCUAUUUUUACAUAAAUAAAAUGAUAUAUUUUUGUUGAAGA